AUGACUAUAGCAACAUGUCUCUUGGUUAACAUUGAGGCAGUGCAAUCAGUGCUGGCCAGAACGCGCAGCCCCGGGGAAUCGAGGGGCGUCUGGAUGCGUCGCAGCGUCUCCAAGCUGAAGCAGCGGCGCAACGUCCGGCGCUUACGGUGGCGAGACCGCGUGCGGGAGAACAGCGUCGUGAAGAAAUUCGGGCCGAAGAACAACUCGCGCAUUGAGGACCACCUGAACGUGCUCGUUCUCGACAGCAUCAAGCAGAGGCGACGGGCGUCCGAGUCAGCGGGGGGCGUGGGGGAAGCGAGGGCCCAAGAUGGGGCGUCGGAAGAGAAGAAGGCGCUUGUUAAAUCAAAGUAUGUUGUUCCGCCUCUCGUGCAGGUGGCUGGCAGCGGCGAGUGCCACGGCGCCGGAAACGCCGGCCCUGAGGGGGACGAGGUCGGAGCGGACGCAGGCGGCGAAGAAGAAGCGAUAGGACAUCGGUUGCCUCUCAAGAAUGGCGGACUCAUUGAGCGCCUGCCUCGUCCCGUUGGCCUGGCGGGCGACUGCCGGGGCAUGGACAGCGUUGAGGUGAGCAGCGUGUCCUACCUGUCGGUCCCGGAAACGCCCUCCUCGCGCCGCCCGUCUACCGCUGACCUCGUUAUAGAGAAGUUACAGGUGGAGCGUGUGGACGGCGGUGGCCUCAGCAUACAAGGGGUGGCACUGGCAUCCAACUGUCACGUGACCCUCUGUGUCUUCGGCAUUUUCUUCCUCUUGGCAGGCAUCAUUCUUUCGUAUGUCAGUUACAGCAUUAAUAUGAAGGAGGACAACCCGAAGCCCCUCGAGACCGAAACGAGCAAGAAGAACCAGAGCGACCACGAGUCCAGCGUCGUCCAAAUGCGCAUCAUCGGCCCGUCUUUCCUCGCCCUCGGCUUCCUCAUGCUGGUCCUCGGCUGCUCCUUCUACGGCCUCGCCAGGAAGAUCAACCGGGACGAGAAGGAGCGGCGGCGCAAGAUCUCGGAGCAGCAGGUGAGCCAACUCGAGAACAGCUUCACAAUACCCGAUACUGGCCGUCCGGAGAACCUCCUGGUGGAUGGACCCCACGCCCAUCGAGAACCCCGCCCCUGACGCUGACCAGACGCCCGAGCGCCGAGACUCGACGGGCCACUCCCCCUCGCCCAACGGUUCCCUGCCCAGUCUGAUGAGUCCCGUGCCCCCGGAGAUGAAGUCCCCCCCCGCUGACAUCCAGGGAGACAUCGCCUGUUUCCCUCCUGCAGCCAACCCGGCGCCUCCUACCCGGCCUUCUUCCGCCACGACCCGCCGACAGAGUGCAGCGGAGAGGACCCACAGCGGCGGCCAUGACACCUCACGCCCAACCUCGGUCAUGCCUCCUUCAAGUGCGGGCCAGGGGCGCCACAACGUCGAGUUCAUGCCGUCUGACUUCGUUUAUUAUCAGAAUACCGGCCAUAUGGUGCCUUUUAUACAGGUGACGGCUCCUCCCCCCAGCGGCCCCGUGCUCCCCCGCCUCUCCCGCCACGCUGCCACCCGCAUGGACAGCAGACCAACGACAGCUGACUCCAGAUGAGGAGGAGGCAACACCAAGAGGAGUGGGCGGAGGAAUAACUUACAAAAAGGAGAGAGAUAGAAAGGGGAUUAAUUUGAGAAAAAGAGGAAGAA